AUGGGGAGGAAUAGGAGAAAUGAGUUUGUGGAAACGGAGACACAGGGUUGUGAUAUUGGGUUGGGUUUGAUGAUGGACACCCAUGACCAAUCAUUUGCUUGUAAGAAGAUGAAUCAGAUGGUGAUGGUGAUGCCUCAUCAUGAACUUCGAUUUUGCAGUGGUGGUUUUGAUGGAGGAACAGCUAUUAAGAGUAGUAGUACACCUCUGUUCUAUAACACAAGCAGCAGCAACCCAGUGACUACUGAUAUAUACCAUGCUGCCUCCUCUGAUUUUGGUUCAGUUGUGCUGCCAAAGAAUCUGCAGCAGCCUUACUACUCUGAUAGCUUGUCUUUCAGUUCCUCAGUAGGUGGAAUGGUGAAUGUGAAUGUUAGAAUUCCUUUUACUCAAGCUCAGAGAGAGGAGCUUGAGACACAGACUGUGAUUUACAAGUACAUCAUGGCAUGGCUCCCUGUCCCUCAACAAUUACUUCUUUCCAUUACCAACAAUCCACCAAAUGGAGUAAGAGAUUUAUCAAGAACAGGAGUGCGAGACAUGUUCAAGGGGUUCUCUAGGAGUAGGGAUCCAGAGCCAUGGAGGUGUAAAAGAACAGAUGGUAAGAAAUGGAGGUGCUCCAGAAACAUAGCUAUUGAUCAGAAGUUCUGUGAAAGACACUGCCACAAAAGACGUUCAAGAAAGCAUGUGGAAUCAAUCCCCAACUUCCUCAACAACAGCAACAAGAAUGCUAGCAUGCUGAGUCCAAAGCUUUCAUCUAUCAAGAAUAACAAUCAAAUUCCAUUCUCAAGCUCCAUGGUGACUCCUGCUGCUUCAUCACAUGGCCAACCCAGAGCAUUGGACUGGUUCAUGAACGGAGAAAGAGCCUCUGUUGCUGGUUCAAACCAAGAAUGGGAGCAAUUGAUGCCAUUCAAGCUGGGCUUGAACAGCCACACUAGUAAGAAUGGCACUGAUGUGGAUUUUCCAAAGCAACAAAAUGAGAGCUCACUCAAUCUGUGCAAGGGUGGCAGCCAAGGUCUGCAGAGUCAGAGGUCACAUGACCAGUUGGGAGGAACUUUAUAUUCAAAUCAGGCACAACAGACAAGGCAUUUCAUUGAUGCUCGGUCCACUGAGAGAGAUGGUAAUAGCAUUGAUGAGUUUGGCAAGAGGAAGAAGGGCUCUGUUGCAUUAAACCAGAAGCUGCCCCUUUCAUCCCUCACUCUAUCAAUGUCUGGUGAGAACAGUGAAGCCGUUGAAGAAUGUGGAAAUAGGCAAAUGGGUGUUGGAGUUUUGGGUUCAGAGAGACAGAAUGUAACUCAGUGGAUGAGUCCACUUUCAUGGAUGUGCUCAACACCUGGUGGACCUUUGGCUGAGGCUUUGUGCCUUGGCAUUGCCAGUUCCACAAGAACAACACCCACAAUUGGCUGUAGAAGUUCAAAUGCAGAUGCUAGACAAGAGUUUGAUUUGAUCAACUGAAGGGGAUCCAGCGAAGAGGAAUUUACACCAAAAUGGUCGAGG